GAAGAGAUUUAGUUCAGGACUUACUGCUCUGUGAACUCUUCGCCUGUCUCUCCUGGGAAAUGAAUAAGAACUGGAGUUAGUAAUUCGCAGCAGGUCUGUCCACACUGAGCCACGGGAGAAAAUGUUUGCUGUACACUUAGUGGCCUUUUAUUUUACAAAGCUCAAAGAGGACCAGAUUAAAAAGGUUGAUCGAUACCUGUACCACAUGCGUCUCUCCGAUGAGGUCCUGCUUGAUGUGAUGAGUCGUUUCAAGGCAGAAAUGGUGAAAGGCCUGGGAAGAGACACCAAUCCGACAGCUACAAUUAAAAUGUUGCCAACAUUUGUGCGCUCAAUUCCUGAUGGCUCAGAAAAGGGUGACUUUCUUGCUUUGGACCUGGGGGGCUCCAAAUUUAGAGUCCUAAAGGUCAAAGUGUCUGAAGAUGGGAAGCAAAAUGUUCACAUGGAGAGUCAAUUCUACCCAACACCUAAAGAAAUCAUACACGGGAGUGGGACUGAUUUGUUUCAAUAUGUAGCAGACUGUCUUGCAGACUUCAUGGAGACAAAGGACAUAAAGCAUAAGAAAUUGCCUCUUGGCUUUACCUUUUCUUUUCCUUGCAGACAGAGCAAAUUAGACGAGGGUGUGCUGCUUUCUUGGACAAAGCAUUUUAAAGUCCGAGGAGUACAGCAGACAGAUGUGGUGAGAUCUCUCCGUGAAGCUCUCAGGAAACACCAGGACAUUAAUGUAGAUGUCUUGGCUUUGGUAAAUGACACAGUGGGAACAAUGAUGACCUGUGGAUAUGAUGAUCAGCGAUGUGAAGUUGGUGUCAUUAUUGGAACAGGCACAAAUGCUUGCUACAUGGAAGACAUGAGCAAUAUUGACCUUGUGGAAGGUGAUGAAGGAAGGAUGUGUAUUAACACUGAAUGGGGAGCCUUUGGAGAUGAUGCGUCACUGGAUGACAUCUGGACAGAAUUCGACAGGGAGAUUGAUUUGGGGUCUAUCAAUCCUGGGAAGCAAUUGUUUGAGAAGAUGAUCAGUGGAUUGUAUUUAGGAGAACUUGUAAGACUCGUACUUGUGAAAAUGGCGAGGGAAGGCCUGCUUUUCAAUGGGAAGUUAUCAACAGCUCUCUGUACCAAGGGCAAGGUUGAGACAAAACAUGUGGCUGCCAUGGAAAAAUAUAAAGAAGGCCUUAGCAAUACUAAAGAGAUUCUGACAGAACUGGGCCUGACCCCAUCUGAAGACGAUUGCAUUGCUGUUCAGCACGUCUGCACUAUUGUUUCGUUUCGCUCAGCAAACCUCUGUGCUGCAGCCUUGGCAGCAAUACUGACGCGCCUUCGCGAAAAUAAAAAAUUGGCAAGGCUCCGGACGACUGUCGGAAUGGAUGGGACUCUGUACAAGACUCACCCUCAGUAUGCUAAGCGUCUCCACAAAGUAGUUAGAAGGCUAGUUCCCAACUGUGACGUUCGAUUUUUGCUCUCUGAGAGCGGCAGUGGGAAAGGAGCGGCGAUGGUGACUGCAGUUGCAUACAGGCUGUUGUCUCAGCGCAAACAAAUCGAUGAGGUCUUGGCGCAUUUCAGAUUAACCAAAGAGAACCUCAUAGAUGUGAGAAACAAAAUGAGGGCAGAACUGGAGUACGGCCUGAAGAAAGAAACGCAGCCUACAGCCACUGUGAAAAUGCUGCCAACAUUUGUUUGCGGAACUCCGGAUGGAACAGAAAAGGGAAAGUUCCUAGCCCUUGAUCUUGGGGGAACAAAUUUCAGAGUUUUGCUUGUAAAAAUCAGAAGUGGAAGAAGCAAAUCAGUCCGGAUGUACAACAAAAUCUUUGCCAUUCCUUUGGAAAUUAUGCAAGGGACAGGAGAAGAGCUAUUUGAUCACAUUGUCCAGUGCAUUGCAGACUUUUUGGAGUACAUGGGUAUUAAAGGUGCACGGCUUCCUCUCGGCUUUACAUUUUCUUUCCCCUGCAGGCAAGCAAGCAUUGAUAAGGGAGCCCUUGUUGGGUGGACUAAAGGGUUCAAGGCAACAGACUGCGAAGGAGAGGAUGUUGUCGAUAUGCUCAGGGAAGCUAUUAAACGAAGGAAUGAAUUUGAUUUGGAUAUUGUAGCAGUGGUGAAUGACACCGUUGGGACAAUGAUGACAUGUGGUUAUGAAGACCCACAUUGUGAAAUUGGCCUCAUUGCAGGGACAGGUAGCAAUGUGUGCUAUAUGGAAGAUAUGAAGAAUAUAGAAAUUAUAGAAGGAGAUAAGGGCAGAAUGUGCAUCAAUACGGAAUGGGGAGGAUUUGGCGACAAUGGCUGCAUAGAUAAUCUCAGGACAAAAUAUGAUAAAGAAGUGGAUGAGGGGUCAUUGAAUCCUGGGAAACAGAGGUACGAAAAAAUGACCAGUGGAAUGUAUUUGGGUGAAAUAGUGAGACAGAUCUUGAUAGAUUUGACCAAGCAAGGGCUUCUCUUCCGAGGACAGAUUUCAGAACCGCUGAGAACAAGAGGAAUAUUUGAAACCAAAUUCCUGUCUCAGAUUGAAAGUGACCGGCUCGCCUUACUUCAAGUGCGAAGAAUCCUUCAGCAGCUCGGGCUGGACAGCACUUGCGAUGACGGCAUCAUUGUGAAGGAGGUGUGUGGUUCUGUUUCCAAGAGAGCAGCUCAGCUCUGUGGCGCGGGGCUGGCUGCUGUAGUUGAGAAGAUACGGGACAAUAGAGGCCUCGAGCACCUAAAAACCACCGUAGGCGUGGAUGGCACCUUGUACAAGCUGCACCCACAUUUUUCCAGGAUCUUGGAAGAAACGGUGAAAGAACUGGCACCUCAAUGCGACGUGACCUUCAUGCUGUCUGAAGAUGGGAGUGGGAAGGGAGCUGCUUUAAUUACCGCAGUUGCAAAACGAGUGCAUCAUGUUGCUGAAAAUUAAGUUGAUCACACAGGCAUGUGCGCGCGGUAGCAAUUUAUUGUGAAAGGUCUUGUAAAACCCAUUGAGGUAGAUGUUCAGAAGUAUUACUCGCUUCUGUAAUGUGCUGGUUGGCUAGCUAAGCGUACAGAAAGCAGAAUGCCUCGCCAAAACAAAUGCAGGUUUUGGCUCAUCUGAACACAGGCUGCCCCAUGUUGCCUUAUGUACAACGAUAUACUUGAUAUUUAUGCACUGUUCGUAAUGUGAAACU